AUGUGUGGUCAUAAAACCUGUGGUGGCUUUUUCGUUAGAAGAAUAAAGCAAAACACAACAUCACCUGCUGUCGUAUCUGCCGUAACCAAAGAAACAAGCGAUAGUGAAUGUGAAAUCCUAACAACUCUACCCCCAAACUUAGAUUUCUCCAAAAAAAAGAAGUCUAAAGAAACAAUUAAAAAUAUUGAAGCUGAAACAUUAAGCAACCAGGCAGUUUUUGAUGAAGAGCAACCAUUACCGGUUGUCGAUAUAAGGCCAGAGAGUCAAGCAGUUAAUCAAGAAAAAUCAAACCGUUAUCGCUUUUUCUACCACCAAUAUUCACCAAGACUAAUAACAGCUGCCUCAGCAAGUAACUUGCCAGAACAAAUAAUCGGCUUCUCUUGGCGAACAACUGGCUACUUAAAUAACCAACCAGCUUCAAGCAACCUAUUUAGGCCAGAAAUAUCAAGUGAUUCAUUAUGGUUGCACCCCAAUUUCUCCAAAAAACUAAUAGCUACCAGAUUCACAAGUAAUCUACCAGAACAAAUUAUUAGUUCCUCUAUGCAGACAACUAUUGGAUCCUCAAGCAACCAGACACGCUUAAGCUUAAGCAACCAGUUACGCUCAAGAGAGGCUCCACAGCUAUUCGCCACUACGGCAGAUUCAAGUGAUUCAACAUGGUUGCCAGCUGAUUCCUCAUAA